AUGGCAUCGAAUUACCGCCGCAAUGUGUUCUUUUACGACGAUUCUACGCAAGAAAUGCUUGGUGGUUUUUACCAGAACAGCAGCAUCACACAACAAAAUUUUAUCAACCUCCUCCACAUUGUCCUGGUUGUAGAAUCUCAUUCAAACUCCUUGCCACACCCAUUCACUAUCUUCGAUAUUUCUCACAAUGAAAUUUUACCAACGGACGAAGCAUUGGCGAUCGGAAAUUACUAUAUUGUUACUGCCCCUGGAGAUUCUGUUACAAUGACCGAUGAACCCCAUAUCCGCAGAAUUCCAUCCUAUCGAAUUAGCGAUAGAAAUCUACACUUCACACUUAGUGUACGAAAUCGAGAUCGAAAAUGUGUUAUUUCGGGAGAUGAGAACUUCGAAUUCGAAAUCGACGAUUGGACUGGGUUCCAUGCCUGUCAUGUCUUUCCUUUAGAAAAAGAGGAACACUGGAUUCGACAAGGGUUUGACAAAUGGGUUCCUAAUGCCGUCCCGGGUAGCGAUACCUCACUUAUCAACUCGGUUCAAAAUGGUUUACUUAUGCAAACACAAUAUCAUGAGUUGUUUGAAAAGUACUAUUUUGGCAUCAACCCAGAUGACAAUUACAAAAUCACUUGCUUUAGACGCGAUAAUCAUAAUAUAGAUGGAAAACAUCUGGACCCUGUUUGUCGAAACGAAAAUGACCCGAACAGGGUUCCCGAUCAAUAUCUUCGAUGGCAUUUUCGUCAGUGUGUUCUUGCGAACAUGAGGGGUGCCGGCGAAAAAACGUUUGAAUCGGAUUUCUCGUCAUGCAAUGAUAUGAUAGCGGAAUUUAACGAGGCUCCCCACGCUCGUGAAAGACUCGAGAUGGAAGUGUAUCACAGACUUCGGAUAUGGGACGGAUGGAACUUGCAAGUCAUAAAGUGA